UUCUUUACUGUACUCUUCACCACUGUGUGAAUUGAGAAAACUCCACUACAGCCAUGAGAGGGAGGGGAGGAGGGGGAAACAUUAGAUAACGAGGUUUCAAUUCUUCACUUAUGUAGGAAACAGUUACAAUGGCUUUCUCAACGGCUAAAUUAUCUGAACUUCCAUUCUACAGUUCAGUUCAAUUAGGCUCUCACUCUUCUCUCAAGCUAUUGUUUUCUUCUCCAAAGCCCUUAUUUAGACCCUUUUCCUCCUCAUAUGUUUCUUCCUCUUCUUCUCUACGUACUUCUGAACGGAGGGGCCACUCUGACGAUGGGAGAAACCCUAAGAACAGAAGGUACCCAUGGAACGACGAAACCCGUCGAAGAAACACGACCAUUUCUCGGAAACCUAGGGAUCCUUCAUCUCCCUGGCUCAAAAAAUGGCCCUCUACAGGCUCUACGGUUGAAGCAGAACCCAAAAACGACGGCGAAAGGAGAAUUGCUACUUCUGAGAAGCGGCCUCAAGAAGGGGGAGAUGGGGCGGAGAAUCAGUAUUUUGAUGGAGACCGUGGGAGAAAUGCAAUUGCGAGGAUCGUUCAUCGGUUGCGGAAUUUAGGAUUGGGGUCUGAUGAUGAUGAUGACUUGGAGGAUUUUGUCGAGGGAGAUGAUGCGGUGAUGCUAACUGGGGACGAGAAAUUGGGUGACUUGUUGAAGCGUACUUGGAGUCGGCCCGAUUCGGUGGUUUCUGAUGAUAAGAAUAAUGAAGGAAUGGUUUUGCCAUGGGAGAGGGAUGAUGAAGAGAGUGGGGAUGAAGAGGAGAUGGGUUUGAAGAAAAAAAGAAAAGUGAAGGCUCCGACGUUGGCAGAGUUGACCAUUGAGGACGCAGAGCUGAGAAGGUUGAGAACGCUUGGAAUGACUCUUAGGGAAAGGAUUAAUAUACCGAAAGCAGGUGUUACUCAGGCCAUUCUUGAAAAGAUUCAUGAGAAAUGGGGGAAGUCCGAGCUGGUGAGGCUCAAGUUCCAUGAGACGCUUGCUCAUGAUAUGAAGACUGCACAUGAACUUGUCGAGCAUCGAUCUGGAGGAUUAGUUAUAUGGAGAUCAGGAAGUGUUAUGGUCGUGCAUCGGGGAAGUAACUAUGAAGGACCGUCUUCAAGACCUAAAUCUACCGACAAAGAAGGCGAUGCUCCUUUUGUCCCAGAUGUUUCAUCCACUAACAAUUCAAUUUUGGAAAUUGAGGAUGGUGCUGCUUCAACUGCGGAAGUUAGUAGUCCAGUUGUGACGAGUCCAGUCCCUGUUGAGAGCAUUACAGAAGAGGAGACAGAAUACAACAGGCUCCUAAAUGGUUUAGGUCCUCGCUUUGUUGAUUGGUGGGGUACUGGUGUGUUACCUGUAGAUGCUGACUUGCUUCCUCAAAGUAUUCCAGGCUAUAGAACACCUUUCAGACUUCUUCCAACAGGAAUGCGGUCACGACUGACAAAUGCAGAGAUGACCAAUUUGCGGAAACUUGCCAAGUCACUUCCUUGUCAUUUUGCUCUAGGGAGAAAUAGAAGUCACCAGGGGUUGGCUGCUGCCAUUGUGAAGCUUUGGGAGAAAAGCCUUAUUGUUAAAAUUGCUGUCAAGAGAGGAAUUCAAAAUACAAACAACAAACUAAUGGCUGAGGAGCUGAAGAUGCUAACAGGAGGUGUAUUACUGCUUAGAAACAAAUAUUACAUUGUCAUAUACCGUGGGAAAGAUUUUCUUCCCACAAGUGUGGCUGCUGCUUUAUCCGAAAGACAAGAAUUGGCAAAAGAGGUCCAGGAUGUUGAAGAGAAAUCACGUAGUGGACCAGUUGGUGAAGUUCCCGUGGGAGAAAUUGAAGGGCCACCACUUGCAGGAACGUUGGCUGAAUAUCAUGAGGCUCAAGCCCGAUGGGGCAGAGAAAUUUCUGCCGAAGAACGUGAGAGAAUGAGGGAAGAAGCUUCCAAAGUAAAGAGUGCCAGGGUAGUCAAGAAUAUUGAGCAUAAACUUGCAGUCGCUCAAGCCAAAAUACUAAGAGCAGAAAAACUUUUAGCCAAGAUAGAAGCAUCCAUGGUUCCAGUUGGUCCUGACGAUGACAAGGAAACAGUAACUGAUGAGGAGCGAUUUAUGUUUCGUAGGGUUGGACUGAGAAUGAAGUCGUACUUACCUCUUGGUAUUCGUGGUGUUUUUGAUGGUGUUAUUGAGAAUAUGCACUUGCAUUGGAAGCACAGAGAACUUGUGAAGCUAAUCUCGAAACAGAAAAACCUUACAUUUGUCGAAGACUCGGCGAAGUUGUUGGAAUAUGAAAGUGGUGGAAUAUUGGUCGCUAUCGAAAGAGUCCCGAAAGGCCAUGCUCUUAUUUAUUAUCGUGGAAAGAAUUAUAAAAGGCCCAUCAGUUUGAGGCCAAGAAACCUUCUAACGAAAGCAAAAGCAUUGAAGCGCUCAGUUGCCAUGCAGCGCCACGAGGCACUCAGUCAACACAUAUCUGAACUGGAGAGAACCAUAGAACAGAUGAAAUCCGAAAUUGGUGACUCCACAGAUGCAGGGGAUAGAAAUAGUUGGAGCUUAGAGGACCAAAAUCGAUUUGAUGAUGUCUUAGAGUUCACUAAUAGCGAAGAGGAAGAUUCUUUCGAAGAGUCUGAUGGUGAUGAGGAUGAGAAUGAGGAUGAGGAGAACCUUGAAGAGGAUAAUGCUGAAGAAUCAGACUUUCUUGUGAACCAUGAUAGGUUAAGCAAGAAGAGUUGAAACAACUAGUUUUGCACUUCAUUCCACAAUUGGCAAAUAUCAUUUCCAUUAGAGCCUCAAUGUACAACCACAAGUAUGUGAUUGAAACUAGCACUGUACUAGUGUCGCUCAGGCUUCAAUUCCUCAUGGUGAAUGUGAUUGGGUAUAUGUAUAAUUUUGGAUGUGUUAACAGUCGUCAGUGUUGGACCCCAUUUGCUCUUCAGAAUAUCAAAGAAUUUGGUGCACUAACAGGCAAGUCCAGCGCCGUCUUCGCAUCUUGUAUGAGUGCAAGUUGUCACCCAAAAAACAAAAAACCCUCUUCCCUCUUCCCUCUUCCCUCUUCCCUCUUCCAUGGUGCAAGUUUUGUAUAUCUUUGAUACAUGUGAAAGCUAUUACUUACAGUGGAUAUAGCCAUCCAACCUUUCAAUGGAACUUGCAGAUUGUUGUGGGUGCUUAAUUUUUGGGGAAAGCCAGUGUUUUGUAUUAAAUGAACGUUUAUCAUAAAUCAGUCUUGAAAGAGCUGCUGAAAAGUUUAUUCAAA